UAGAAAAUUUGUCGUCGUCGUCGCCAUUCGUUCGAAAACGACACACGCGAUCACACACCACGCCGGAUCGAACGGCGUGCGCUCUCUUAGUUGCUCUUGGCUCUGGCCAUUCGCUCGCUGGUUCAUAAUUUUAGUUAUUUAAGGAAGUUUUUCCCGAUUAGUUUUUUCACGGUGGAGGCAGUGAUAUCAAUUUUUUUGUAUUUCUUUUCCCUUUUCGAUUCGAUUCGUUUCGUGUUUCGGCAAGUGGCAUCAAUUUUCCGAUCGUAGCAACCGACGUUUUGGGCCGUAGAAACCUAGCUAACGAAGCAAUGCCAUACUAGCGCGAAGUGGUGAAGAAAAGGUUAAAAAGGUGAUCAAAGAUGGCCGUCCUGUUUCGACCGUGGCGGUUCCUAGUGGUGGUGCUUGUUGCUGCUGUCGUACUGAUUUGCUUAAUUUCCGGUGCCAACGGGUUCCGAUUGCGUGAUUACGGUGAAGACGAUGACCAGCGGAUAGCUCCGGCGGUGUCUAAAAGGAAAAUUCAGACCCGGGCUUCUAUCAUUGCGGAAAUAGCACGGAAACAAAGCGUGCUGGACGGGGACGGUGAUGAUGAUGAUGAUGAUGAAGACGAUGACGAUGAUGAGGAUGACGAUGACGAAGCCGAUAAGAAAAAAGUAGUCGAGAAAGAAUAUAAGUUCGAAAAAGUGCGUAGAAGUUACAGAACUUCGGCGACGGAUGAGAAAAAAAGAGGACUUACCGGUAGCUUUGAGUCAGAUGAUAGCGACAGGUUCAAGAGGACGAAAUCGGAAACUGUUAAAGCGGUGAAGGAUGACGAUGAUGGCGACGACGACGACGACGACGAAGACGGUGAUGAUGAUGAUGAGAAAGAAGAGAAGUCAAUAUUCAAUUUGUUUGGCCUACUCAGCUCGAAAAAAUCAGACGAAACACGGAAGGACAAAUCGAAAGAUCAACCAGCAAAGGUUAAGGAUGACGACGACGACAAGGCAGAAGACGAUAAAAAAGAAAGUGCAGGACUAUUUGAUUGGUUUUCAAGUUCAUCGUAUGAAAAAUUGGAUAAGAAACAAGCUGAUCGGGCAAACCCGGAGGAAGACGACGAUGAUAACAACAAAGACGACAGCGCCGAAAAAUCCGAAGGAUUCUUUGCGUGGUUGAAAGAUUUGGCGGAUUGGGAAGAGGACGACGACGUGGCUCACGACACUAAGCGUGCCACUGAGCAAGAAGAUAAGGAAAAGGAAAAUCCACUGAUUAAUCUAGUGAGCAGUUUUCUAACCACGGAAACGGAGGAAACCAGUGAGGAAAUCAAAAUUCGUCCAGUUGGUUCCAAAUAUGAAGAUGACACCAGCGCCGAAAAGAGUCCGGCUCUGAAACCGCAAUCCAAGAAACCCAAAGAUUCGAAAAUUGUUCAACUGAUGAACAGCAGUCCGUUGAAUUCCCUGUUCAGUUCCGGCGAACUACCGGCAGAAGCGGCCAUCGAAACCGACCCGAAAAAGGUGAGGAAACUUAAGCAGACCCCUUCGAAAGUGGUCAAACAACGUAUCGAAAUCUCCCCGGAAGAUUUCGAAUCACUGCUGCUUCGAAUUCCUUCCUUCGUUCCGGAUUACGCACGCCUCAAGAACACCGAAUGUCGUCGCCAAGGGCAGAUCUUUCAACGUCAGCUGCGCGGAAAACGUCUGUGGGCACUGCAAAUGAUUGACGCCAGUGCCAAGCUGACUUCCGGACUGUUGCGUGGCAACGCCAAUCAACUGGGUGACUUUGAUUUGUGCACGGGAAUUGCGACCAAGAUCAAAGUCAAACAAGAGGAACAGGUGCGAAUGCGAGGUAAAUACUGUCUGGCCCAUAUCGACGUGGUGGCCGAGGACGACGAUCUGAAGCUGCCGGUGCAUUUGCUGCAGGGUCGAGGUUUCAUCAAGAGCACCUUAAACGAUCCGGACCACUUCCUGCCACGGUUCACAACGCUGAAUUGGGGAAUUUGUCUACCGGCAGCCUGCAGCCACGAGGAUGCCGGAAGUAUUGUGAAGCACUUCGUUAAACCGUACAACACAACCGGAAUCAAAUUGUUUCUGGAAAUCGAAGAAGGCAACUGUCACGUGCGACAAACCACUAACUGGCCAAAACUGUUCAAAGAUAACUGGCAGCUGGUCGCCGCACUAGGAUUCUACACCUUUGUAUUGGUAAUCACCGUGGUCGCAUCGUUGAACGACUAUGGCUUCAUCAAAAUCGAACCAACCGGCGGUUCUUCAGCAUCCGGCGACGACACGAACCUGCUUCAUCAAAUCUUGAUGUCAUUCUCGCUGAAAAGAAGCCUUCGACAGCUGGUAGGCAGCGAGGACGAAACCCUGGCCGAGAAGCAACCGGUCGGUUGUCUUUCCGGAAUACGGGCGCUGGCUACGGUGGUUUUGUUCUGUGGCCUUCGGCUGAUUCCGAUGGGUUUUCAACCGUUCACCAACCGGAAUGAGUUUACCGAAAGUUUCAACUCUCCCUGGAGCGUCCUGCUGCGGGUGUUGAUGCUCUAUGCCGACGUUUACCUGGUGGUCAGUGGAUUCCUGGCCGCUUACCACAUGGUGGCCGAGUUCCAGCAGAAGCAGAAGGUGGCCUGGUUUAGGAGAAUUGUUGGGCGCUAUUUAAGACUGACGCUUCCGUUGAUACCGGUGCUGAUCUUUUACUCCUGGAUUUGGGAACAUCUGGGAAAUGGACCGCAGUGGGGUGACGUCGUCGUCAAGAAUGCCAAUCUGUGUAAGUUCAACUUCUGGAAUAACAUAUUUUUCAUCCAAAAUUGGUAUCCGGUCGAAGAAGCGUGCGCUCCUCAUACCUUCCAGCUGGCAACCGAAAUGCAACUUUCCAUCCUUGCACCGUUCCUGUUGGUGGUGCUGAGUAGAAGUCCCUUCUACGGAGUCGCUGCCUUCGUAGUUCUGAACGGUAUUUCCACGGCGAUACGAUUUGUAGCCACGACGGAAGAUCGUCUGUCACCGUACAUUUACCACGGAAUUCGUCUUACCCAAAUCUAUCGGUCCGUCAAUUUGAGCUUCUCCGAGACGCUUCACAGAGCCACUCCCUAUCUGGCUGGGUUCGGUUUAGGUUAUUUGCUACGUGAAACGGACCUUCGGAAGCACGACCGAGGAAUCAACUGGAGUGGCUGGAUCGGUAUGGCAAUCGCCGUCGGGUGGUGCUACGGAUUUGUGCUGGAUAUAGCCGAGAAAAACUUCCAGUACGAUUUGGCAGAUGCCGCCCAGUACGCAGCGUUGGCUCCCCUUUCCUGGUCAUUGGGCAUUUGUUGGAUCAUUUACUUCUGCGUUACCAACGGUGACAGUCUGUUGAAUCGAAUUCUCAGCUGCCGGCUGAUGGUCUUCCUUAGCAAAAUAUCCUACUCCGUUUCGCUCAUUCAAUUCUUGGUGUUUUUCUACUUUGCCGGAACAACUCGCGGUAGCGAAGUUUUCAGUAUGUCCGGUUUCAUAAACCGAACGGAAAUCUGCAUUCUUCUGAUGGGAUCCACCGCUCUAGCGCUACUGUACGACCUACCGAUUCAGAACAUCAAAACGAUUCUCGAUCGUUCCGGAAUAUUUGAUCGGAUGGAAAAGAAAGACACUUCGGUGGUGAAUUUGACGCCGCCGGAAAAGGAAACAGUGGUCCAGAACGGUACCUCGGCAACGGAGAAAACAGUAGAACAAAAUGGUAUCACGGGACAAAAAGACGCUCAGACGACCAGCAAAGAUGAAGUGGUAGAGGAAGAACCAUUCGUAAGUCCCUUCGAUAACCGAGAUGAGGAUGAACCUGUGCGACCGGUUUGGAGAAGAAAAACGUCAGAACCGUCAGAAGUAAAAUCAUCAUCACCCACCAGAUCAUUCUGGGAUGACAUCGAGGAAAGUGACGCCCCGAAAUCCGCCUUCAAGGCACCUUCGCCAGCUCGUUCACCUGGACGACUAGCCGUAGAGGAGGUUGAAGAGGAAGAGGAAAGUGCCGAAUUGGAAGCAGAAGAAGAAGAGGAAGAGGACGAGGAAGAAGAGGAAGACGACGAAGAAAUCGAUGAAGAAAAGGAAGUCAUCAGGCGACCAGCGGAAGAUCAAUCGAAAUCCAAAUCACCUGCCCCGAAAACUCCAUCUCCGGAGCCACCAGCGGUAGUCACGCCACCGACCAGUUCCUAUAGUCCGCCUCCAAGACGUCGACAGUGGCGAACCUGGGAUGACUGAUUGCUUCUUCGUGGGCGAAGAAAAGACAGUUCGUUUUUUAUUUCAACAGGAGCCUAGGUAAAAUGUUUUUGUUUUAUUGAAUUCGAGUGGAACACAAUAAUGCAAACGGGAUGGGGGGAAGGACACUUUUUAAAAUAUUUGCUAUGUUCGAACUGAUCCCACUCGUGUGUAGUUGAAAAAACAAACAAACAAACAAACAGAAAACGAACGAAUUACAAGCUAGGAGUUUUACGACUAUAA